UUGAAGAAGAAUAAUACAAAUUUUAAAACAAAUUUUAAAAUAGAAAGAGAGAAGAAAAUGUUAUUACCAGUAGUAUCAAUUUCCGUUGGGGAAAAUAAAAACAAUAGGCCUCUUACAGGAGAGAUCUUUGCAAAUGCUUUUGGAAAUCACCGUUAUGAAUCACCUGCGUCGUGCUAGCCUGAAAUGUUCUAAGCUAGAUCAGAUAUGAAUGAAAUCGAGAUUUUGUUUUAAUGAACCUUCACUUACUUGAAAGGACAUUAUCUUCCAGCGUUUUGGUUCUUUGGUUGAAAUUUUUAUAAUGUCGACGAAGCCGACACCGUUACAGUUACCUGAGUUGGAAACCAUGUCAUUAGAAGAAACAUUUCAUCCCAGCAAAGCUAGUGACAGCACUGAGACUACUUCCAGUAGUACUACACCCCUGAAGCCACACACUGGUGGUGAUGUUCGAUGGGAUGCGGUUAAUUCAGCUACUGGCAGAGGUGGACCUCCUCUUGGUCUAAGCAAUUUUCGGUUAUUGAAACGUCUUGGAUAUGGGGAUAUUGGAAGUGUGUACCUUGUGGAACUCAGGGGAACAAAUACCUUCUUUGCAAUGAAACUGAUGGAUAAAGGAUCUCUUGCAAGUAGAAAUAAAUUACUCAGAGCACAAACAGAGAGGGAGAUUCUUAGUCUACUUGACCACCCAUUCUUGCCCACCUUAUAUUCUCACUUUGAGACUGACAAGUUCUAUUGCUUAGUCAUGGAGUUCUGCAGUGGAGGUAACCUGCAUACUCUCCGCCAAAAACAGCCCAAUAAGCAUUUUACUGAGGAGGCGUCUAGAUUUUAUGCAUCAGAGGUGUUGUUGGCACUUGAGUAUCUGCAUAUGCUAGGAAUUGUUUACAGGGAUCUUAAGCCAGAAAAUGUACUAGUGAGAGAUGAGGGUCAUAUAAUGUUGUCUGAUUUCGACCUAUCCCUCCGUUGCUCUGUCAAUCCAACACUUGUCAAGUCUUCAUCUGUACAUGGAGGAGGAGGAGGAAAUCCCAGCAGUGGAUCCGGCAUUUUAGACAAUGACAAUGCAGUCCAAGGUUGUAUUCAGCCCUCAACUUUUUUCCCUCGUAACAUUCUCCCUACCAAAAAGAAUCGCAAGUCUAAAUCAGAUUUCGGGCUAUUUGUGGGAGGAUCACUCCCUGAGCUUAUGGCAGAGCCAACUAAUGUGCGUUCCAUGUCCUUUGUUGGUACCCAUGAGUACUUGGCCCCUGAGAUAAUUCGCGGAGAAGGGCAUGGUAGUGCAGUUGAUUGGUGGACUUUUGGCAUAUUCUUAUAUGAACUUCUGCAUGGGACAACACCUUUUAAAGGUGCUGGCAAUCGUGCCACACUCUUCAAUGUUGUAGGACAGCCUUUGAGAUUCCCAGAAACUCCGCAAGUGAGUACUAUUGCACGUGAUCUUAUACGAGGGCUCCUCGUGAAGGAGCCACACAAGAGAAUUGCAUAUAAGAGGGGUGCUACUGAGAUAAAACAGCACCCGUUCUUCGAGGGUGUUAACUGGGCUUUGGUGAGAAGUGCUGUUCCUCCAUCUAUACCGGAACCUGUGGACUUUGCUCAGUACGCCAGUAAAGAAGCUUCAGCUCAUUGUUCAGAUAAGAAGAUGCCAGAUACUGAAAGUCGUGAUAAAAGCAAAAACACUUCUACUGAUUCUUCAUAUAUCGACUUUGAGUACUUCUAGGAUUGGAUUUAAGUUAGUACGAAACGUUUGAAGUGUAAAUCAAAUGGCCUAAUGUGGGGUAAGAAGGUUUAUGUUGGUAAGAUUAACGUCUGACCAACUUUGUAUCAUCUUGAAGUAUGUUCAUGCAGUGUGUUUAUUGUGUAGAACUGCAUAACGUGUAACUUCAGAGUGCUCCGAGAAGAAAGCAACUUGCUGCACUUUCAGACGAAGAAUUUUAAUUUCCUGAUUGAAGUUUUAGUGGUAACUGCUGAUGAUGAAUUGUGAAUAUAAUUCUGUGAUACUCCAUUCUUUCCAUUUCAUGUGAGAGUGUAUUGCUUGACACG